UCCUUUAUUGUUUGGUUUACUCACUGCUAUUUACGUGAUUACUUCGAUGCUCAAGAUAACAAUGUUUAUGUCAUUUUCGCGUUWAUUCUAUAAUUAUUAAAGUUUAAUUAAUACUUAACAUUAACUUAAACAUAAGACAUAAUAUUAUUUUCUAUUCAUAGGUACAUGUGGUGAAUAAGUGUUUAAAUUUWAAAAAAAAACUGUAAUCAUGCCGUAUGCUAAUCAACCUUCCGUGCAUAUAUCUGAACUGACUACUGACUCAAUUAAAUUUCAAAUUGAAGACACUGAUCUUAGCGUUGCGAAUAGCUUACGUAGAGUUUUUAUUGCUGAAACGCCGACAUUAGCCAUCGAUUGGGUCCAGUUGGAUUGUAAUUCUACAGUGUUAAGUGACGAGUUUAUAGCGUCACGUAUUGGUCUCAUACCAUUAACAUCCGAUGAAAUAGUCGAUCGCCUUCAGUACUCGAGAGAUUGCACUUGCUCUGACUUUUGUCACGACUGCAGUGUGGAAUUCAACCUGCAUGUAAAAUGUUCAGAAGAAAUGACAAGACACGUAACUACUGCAGAUUUAGUGAGCAAUAAUCCACGUGUAGUUCCAGUUACUUCAAGGAACCAAGAUAGUGAUAUUAAUGAAUAUGGUGAAAAAGAUGAUAUACUUAUUAUAAAAUUGCGUAAAGGACAAGAAUUAAAAAUUAGAGCAUUUGCUAAAAAGGGAUUUGGUAAAGAGCAUGCUAAAUGGAAUCCAACUACAGGUGUAAGCUUUGAAUAUGACCCAGACAACACAAUGCGACACACAUUGUUCCCAAAGCCAGAUGAAUGGCCUAAAAGUGAAUAUUCAGAACUUAAUGAAGAUCAGCACGAAGGACAAUACAAUUGGAGAGCAAAACCAAAUAAGUUUUUCUUCAAUGUAGAAAGCUGUGGAUCAUUAAAGCCUGAAAAUAUUGUUCUUAUGGGAGUUGCUGCUCUUAAAAAUAAAUUAUCAAACCUCCAAACGCAAUUCACACAAGAAAUGGAUGCACUCGCUAUAAAUUAAUUUUUAUUAAUAUCUAUACAUUUCACUGACUUUUAAUACACUCAAAAACAAUUGUAAUAUAAUUCUUAUAUUUAUUAAA